AAGAAAGAAGGGUCAAAUGAAAACAUUAGACCGUGUCUAACUUAAACCCUAAUAUUGUCUUAUUCAUUCAAUCACCAUUUUUUUCCUCUCUUAUUUUCUUCCUACACACAUAUAAAUAUAUAUUCAUCUACUCCAUCCUCUUCUCCCCCUUUCUCUCAAUCGAUCUCGAUCUUGAUCACGAUCAAUAUACAUAUAGAUAUACAUAUAGUCAUAUAGACACGAUUAUGGAUAGGGAAGAAUCGACAAAUUCAAGCGAAGAAGUGUCGUUAGAUGAAGAAAACAAGGAUUUGGGCGUGGGGCGAUCGUACGAGUGCGUGUUCUGCAAAAGGGGUUUCAACACUGCACAAGCCCUAGGUGGCCACAUGAACAUCCAUAGAAAAGACAGGCUCAGAAACAAACCUAAUUCCACCAAACAGCCUCCAAGAUUCUUCCCAUCAUCCGCAAGCACUCCUCGUCCUUACUUCCCAGCUGCUGAUUUAAGUAAUUCAACCCUGUACGAGAGGAACCAGCAGCCAGCGGCCGACUGGAGGAUGAGGAUGAGCCUGGACUUCACACCGGCCAUCGGUCAUCGGGGCAUGGAGCAGGACAAGGAGUUGGAUUUGGAGCUUCGACUUGGCUAUGAUUCUUGAUAUAGUAUGUACUAGCUAGGAAUCUUGAUGAGCUUUAUCAAAUAAAGGAAUAUUGUAAUUUCGAGAGUCUCAA